UCCGCUGAAUUUUGCAUCGCUGUUUGUCCCAGACGGCGACCCGUACGGGUCCGAAUCUAGCCCGGGAACUAAGAGUUAGAGGAGCGGGAUCCGCGAGUUUACCGAUUCCGGACGGCCUCGCGACCGGCAAGAUGUGCUCCCUGGGAUUGUUCCCUCCGCCGCCGCCUAGGGGUCAAGUCACCCUCUACGAGCACAAUAACGAGUUGGUUACAGGCAAUAGCUAUGAGAGUCCGCCUCCUGACUUCCGGGGCCAGUGGAUCAAUCUUCCUGUUCUGAACCUGACUAAGGAUCCCCUGAAGACCCCUGGGAGGCUGGACCAUGGCACAAGAACUGCCUUCAUCCACCACCGGGAGCAGGUGUGGAAGAGAUGCAUCAACAUAUGGCGUGAUAUGGGCCUUUUUGGGGUGCUGAAUGAAAUUGCGAACUCGGAGGAAGAGGUGUUUGAGUGGGUGAAGACGGCUUCCAGCUGGGCCCUGGCACUCUGUCGAUGGGCCUCCUCUCUCCACGGGUCCCUGUUCCCCCACCUGUCCCUCAAGAGUGAAGAUCUGAUUGCUGAAUUUGCCCAAGUCACAAACUGGUCCAGCUGCUGCCUGCGGGUCUUUGCGUGGCACCCCCACACCAACAAGUUUGCGGUGGCCCUGCUAGAUGACUCAGUCCGCGUGUAUAAUGCCAGCAGCACUAUAGUCCCCUCCCUGAAGCACCGGCUGCAGCGAAAUGUGGCGGCUCUGGCCUGGAAGCCCCUCAGUGCCUCUGUCUUGGCUGUGGCCUGCCAGACCUGCAUUCUCAUCUGGACCCUGGACCCCACCUCUUUGUCUACCCGACCCUCUUCUGGCUGUGCACAAGUGCUCUCUCACCCUGGGCACACACCUGUCACCAGCUUGGCCUGGGCACCCAGUGGGGGACGACUGCUCUCAGCUUCACCUGUGGAUGCUGCUAUCCUGGUAUGGGAUGUCUCAACGGAGACCUGUGUUCCCCUUCCCUGGUUUCGCGGCGGUGGGGUUACCAAUCUGCUCUGGUCUCCGGAUGGCAGCAAAGUUCUGGCUACCACUCCUUCAGCUGUCUUUCGAGUCUGGGAGGCCCAGAUGUGGACGUGCGAGAGGUGGCCUACUCUGUCAGGGCGGUGUCAGACUGGCUGCUGGAGCCCAGAUGGAAACCGACUGCUGUUCACUGUAUUGGGGGAACCACUCAUUUACUCCUUGUCAUUCCCAGAACGUUGCGGUGAGUCAGGGGAAAUGGCUCCGGAUGCAGAGUAUCUGGGGCAGUCAGAGGAAGGCAAGAACCCCCUGGAAUAUGCUACUCUGAAGGAUAAAGGGGAGGGAAAGGGGCGCGUUGGAGGUGCAAAGUCAGCCACCAUUGUGGCGGAUCUGUCUGAGACAACAGUACAGACACCAGAUGGAGAGGAAAGACUUGGGGGAGAGGCUCACUCCAUGGUCUGGGACCCCAGUGGGGAACGUCUGGCUGUGCUCAUGAAAGGAAAUCCACGCGUCCAGGAUGGUAAACCAGUCAUCCUCCUUUUUCGCACUCGAAACAGCCCCGUGUUUGAGCUGCUUCCUUGUGGCGUUAUCCAGGGGGAGCCAGGGGCCCAGGCACAGCUCAUCGCUUUCCAUCCUUCCUUCAACAAAGGGGCUCUGCUCAGUGUGUGCUGGUCCACAGGCCGAAUUGCCCACAUCCCUCUGUACUUUGUCAAUGCCCAGUUUCCACGUUUCAGUCCAGUGUUUGGCCGAACCCAGGAGCCCCCAGCUGGGGGCGGAGGCUCUAUUCAUGAUCUGCCCCUCUUUACUGAGACAUCCCCAAUCUCUGCUCCAUGGGACCCUCUCCCUGGGCCACCGCCUGCCCAGCCCCACUCCCCUCACUCCCACUUCUAAUAAUAAUAAUAAUAAUAAAUUCCCUUCUUUGUUUUCCACUCA